AUAAUGUUGUUUUUUUAUGCAAUCUUAUGUGUUUUGGUUCUUUCUUCUAUUAUGCAGGUAUUUGUGUACCAGUCUAGGGGCUGAUUUAGUAUUAUGGAGGAACAUCCCUUGGUUAAGUUUGAACACUGGGUUGAAGGAGGUGGCAUGUGGAGUGGUGAUUUUCAUUUUUGGAGUUUGAUUUUGUCCUUUUUGAGUGUCUCUCAAUUGGACUUGUUGAAAAAGGGUGUUUUUGGACAGUUUAUGGAUUUGGUUGAUGUCCACUUGAGUGAUAGUAUUUUCCAUUGCUUGAUCUUAUCCCAACUUUCAUCUAGUAAUGAUAGUGCGUUAAAGUUUAAGAUAUUUGAUCGCGUGUGUGUAUUUGAUUCCGAGUCUUUCCGUCUUAUUACUGGUUUGGAUUCUUGUGUUGGCGAUUUUAGUGUUGUGUCUAGCAGACCAAAUAGAUUGUUGAGACUUUAUUUUUGAAAUCAGGAUAGAAUAAGGUUGUGUGAUCUCAAGAGUUUCUUACAGAUUGAGUCAAGUAAUCGUACUGUUGGUUUUUGGGAAAGAUCUAGUGAUCCUGUUAGACUUGCUGAGGUCUAUAUAAUGGAGAGGGUUUUGUUGGGUCGUAAUGAGAAAUGUGUUGUUAAAGGUUAUCUAAUGAAGAUAAUUGAUGAUGAUAGUCUUCGAGUGUCUUAUCCUUGGGGUUCUCGUAGUUUUAAUUGGUUGGUACGGUCGAUUCGUGGUUGUGUGAAGACUUUCAAGAGCAUGCCAUCUACACGUUAUAUGAUUAGCGGUUUCCCUUAUGCUUUAGAUGUGUGGCUGUUGGAGGUUUUCCCUAUCUUUCGAGGGUUUUCAAGUUUUCAUGGUCUGAAGUCUCCUCGUAUGUUGUCUUGGGGUCCUUCAAAGCAAGUUGAUUAUAAAGUUAUUACUGAUAAUUUCUUCCAUGCUGAAAAAAGAUUCAAGAAAUUUAUUGUCCAUGCUGUUGUUGUUGGUACGGAACAAGAGAUGCUGGAUUAUCCAGUUGCACUUAAAUUUCCAGAUGAUUCAGGCCCUUGUUCUUCCCGUGCGGUUUUGCCAUCUCAACUUACUUCUUAGAUAGUUGAUUGUGAAGAAGCAACUUGAUGAUGAACGAUCUACAAUUGUCAAGGUGUUUUGUCUAGUGUGAAGAAGCAACUUGAUGGUGAACGAUCUACAAUUGUCAAUCAAGUAAAGGUAUGGCUUUUUAUUUUUUUUAUUUUUGAGUUUGUUAAUAUGAUAUGUAUACUUUGCAUGCUGCAUUUGUUGUUUUUGUUUAUUCUCAUUUUCUUUUCUUCUUUGUUUAAUUUUUUUUCCCCUUGUUUUGUAGUCUUUGGAUAGCCAUUUCGAAGAAUUAGAUAAAAAAUUUGUUGGUGCGAUUAAUGCUGUGGAUAACUUAGUUCGUGUACAUGAUGAAACAAAGGCAUGUGUAGCAGCUUCUGAAAGUGCUAAAACAACUUGUUUAGAAAGUAGACUUGAGAGUUUGGAAAGUAAAUUUGAUUAUGUGAUGCAUUGUGUUGAAAGUUUAGUUCGACUGCAUAGCGAAAACAAAUCUUGUAAAGCUUGUGCAUCUGGUAAAAGACAACCUGAUUUGGGUUAUUCAAUGAAUGAUAAGGUGAAGUUAGAUGCACAUCUUGGAAAAGAUUUGCAGGAACAUAUGGAGAAUAUGCUUUGUAAAGCAAGGUCUACGAAAAAUGAGACCUCUCCCAUGCUCGAUAUGCUCUGUGAUGCUGCUGUUUCUUCAUCAAGUCAACUGUCUGAUAAAACUCAAACUCUUUCUCAGUUUGAAAAGGAAUUUGUGAAAGAAAAUGAAGACCGCGUAAAAAAAGAAGCACUUAACGAAGUUGCUGCAAAUAAUGAUGCUUUUCAAUGCGGAGAUUAUGUGUUUUCUUCUAAUGAAGCAUCACAAAAUGUAAAUGAAGUAGCAGCUGCUGUUGAAGAUUGUAGAAAACGUCCGAGAUGCGAAGAUGGAAAUAAAGAAGAUGAUGGUUAUCCUAAUUGGUAUUUGCUUACACCGAGCAGUACUCCAGUUGAGAAACGAUUGAGUUCUGGGACUGAUAUAUACUGUACUGCAGAAGAGUUAGGAAAGUGAAUUGAUUUUUUUGUUGUUAUUUAAGGCAAGUGUUAUGUUAUUAUGUUUCCCCCUUUUUCGAAUGAUGUAUAUGUAAAUUGGUUUUUCAUUUCUGUACAUAUAAUGAAGUUUCACUUUUUCAAA